AGAGGGCUGCACGGGCUGCGAUUGGCGGCUGGAGCCGCCGCUCCGCCUUCCUACCGAUUCUUAGUUAUGGGGGAGUUGGGACAAGCCGGCGAGCUAUAAAGGUGGUGGCGGAGGGGGAAGCCCCCGCACACUUCUGUCUUGGCGACUACUCCUGUCAGCUCUGAGUGUCCGGUCGCUCCUGGUGCUUGGAAAAGGAGACAGAGUGACAGACCUGGAGACUGAAGUCCACUAUCCCUCAAACAGCUCUUUCACCAUGCCUGGGUCCCUCCCUUUGAAUGCAGAAGCCUGCUGGCCAAAAGAUGUGGGAGUCGUUGCCCUGGAGAUCUAUUUUCCUUCUCAAUAUGUCGAUCAAGCAGAGUUGGAAAAGUAUGAUGGUGUUGAUGCUGGAAAGUAUACCAUUGGUUUGGGCCAGGCCAAAAUGGGUUUCUGUACAGAUAGAGAGGAUAUCAACUCGCUGUGCUUGACUGUGGUACAGAAUCUCAUGGAGAGAAACAAUCUUUCCUAUGAUUGCAUUGGAAGGCUAGAAGUUGGAACAGAGACAAUCAUCGAUAAGUCCAAGUCAGUGAAGACAAAUUUAAUGCAACUAUUUGAAGAAUCGGGAAAUACAGAUAUAGAAGGAAUUGAUACAACCAAUGCAUGCUAUGGAGGCACUGCUGCAGUCUUCAAUGCUGUCAACUGGAUCGAAUCUAGUUCCUGGGAUGGACGUUAUGCUCUGGUAGUUGCUGGAGAUAUUGCUGUAUAUGCCACAGGAAAUGCUAGACCAACAGGUGGAGCUGGAGCUGUGGCUAUGUUAAUUGGCCCAAAUGCACCUUUAAUUUUAGAGCGAGGACUUCGUGGGACACACAUGCAACAUGCCUAUGACUUUUAUAAGCCUGAUAUGCUAUCUGAAUAUCCCGUAGUUGAUGGUAAACUAUCUAUACAGUGCUACCUUAGUGCAUUAGAUCGCUGCUAUGCUGUCUAUCGAAAUAAGAUUCGUGCCAAAUGGCAGAAAGAAGGAAGUGAUAGAGAUUUUACCUUGAAUGACUUUGGCUUCAUGAUUUUUCAUUCACCAUACUGUAAACUGGUUCAGAAGUCUCUAGCUCGGUUGUUGCUGAGUGACUUCCUCAGUGACCAAAACAGAGACAAAAGUGGCACAUACAGUGGCCUGGAAGCCUUUGGGGAUGUUAAACUUGAAGAUACCUACUUUGAUAGAGAUGUGGAAAAGGCAUUUAUGAAGGCCAGUGCUGAUCUCUUUAACCAGAAAACCAAAGCAUCUUUGCUUGUAUCCAAUCAGAAUGGAAACAUGUAUACACCUUCAGUUUAUGGCUGCCUUGCCUCUGUCCUAGCACAAUACACACCUCAGCAGUUGGCAGGGCAAAGGAUUGGAGUCUUUUCCUACGGGUCUGGUUUUGCUGCUACAUUAUACUCUCUUAAAGUUACACAAGAUGCUACUCCUGGAUCUGCCCUGGAUAAAAUAACAAUGAGUUUAUGUGAUCUGAAAACAAGACUUGACUCAAGGACCUGUGUUGCACCAGAUGUCUUUGCUGAAAAUAUGAAGCUCCGAGAAGAAACUCAUCAUUUGGUUAACUACAUUCCCCAAGGUUCAGUGGAUGCUCUUUUUGAAGGAACUUGGUACUUAGUUAGAGUGGAUGAAAAGCACCGAAGGACUUAUGCUCGUCGUCCCUCUCCAAAUGAUGGCACUCUGGAUGCAGGAGCUGGGCUUGUACAUUCGAGCAUAGCAGCUGAGCAUAUUCCUAGCCCUGCUAAGAAAGUGCCAAGGCUCCCUGCAACAACAGCAGAACCUGAAGCAGCUACCAUUAGUAAUGGAGAGCACUGAGUUACCUCUGUGAGGUGGAAGACUCCAGUGUGGGGAGGGGGUGGGGGAGUGUGGGGAAGGGGAGAAUGGGACAUCUGGGAAAAACUUAAAGGGAUUACAUAUUGCCUAAAUUUUGAUGUGUCUUACUUGGAACCUGGAAACUAUUGUGUACUUCUGAAAGUCUUUGUUUAGUUCAUUUUGCUGACAUGCUUCCUGUUGUGAUUACAUAACACUAAAAUAGCAUGAAUGUAUUUCGAAUGAUGUUAAGGGCUCUGUAAACCUUCAUACCUCUUCAACUGUUAGUAAGCAUGAAGUUCAGCUUUUGAUGUGGUCAUGUGAAUCGAGUGCAGAUGAAAAUGGAGAUGUCACUAGACAACCUUCAAUUUUUUAAUAUAUAAAUAUUUUUAGACAGCAUUAAGCAAGACUGCUAAAAGCGCCUUUGGUUUUUGAAAUAAAACUUGAGGGAUUUUUUUAAAUGUGGUUUACAUAAGCCCUAUGAAAAUGGGUAAACCAGAAGUGUCCCUUUUCUAAAUUUUAUAAGUAUUUCACUGAGGUAGAAAAUGGAAGUUUUAAGGAAGUAAUACUAUUGAUCUAUUUGAAGCCCCAGUAAGUGACCAGAAAUCAGGAUAAUGGCCUUUGUGAACUAAAGAAUAGUGGUCUUGAACAAGCUCCUUCUGGAGAGGACGCUUGUGACAUGUAGCACCCUUUGGUAGAAGCAGUUCUUGUCUCUGUGCCAGCUUUGGUCAUCAGUUUUGAAUAGUGCUUGAGAUCCAUAAGGAGGCUUAUGCUGUUACAGUUCUUUGUACUGUAUUUUAACUUGGGGCAUGCAGUUUGCUAGAAAAGUACCUUCUACAAGCAUGACCUUCAUUGUUAACUUGAAUAAAAGGGGAGAAGGUACCAAUUUUAAACAUUACUCGAGUUACUUUUCAGUAUUACAGACAACUUCAGAAACUGACAAUCUAAAUCCAUGAUUUUUUUGUCAAAAGUAAAAUUGUUGAUGUGACCCAAGUGUUUUCCUAGCCCUUGAAAAAAGAGAAUUCAGAAUUCUCUGUCACUGUCAUGCAAUCUGAUUUGUGAAGCUUUCUUUCAGACUUUCACUUAGAAAACUAUGUAUCCCACAAAGGAAAAAUGUCAUAGAACAAACAAUAUGUCAGAAUGAACAAAAAGACUUAUUGGACAGUUAUGUAGGCCCGCUUGGUGCUGAACUACAACAUGAGCCUUAUUAGGUUACAGAAAUACAGAGGUAGUUGGAACUAAUGUACAGAACUAAUUUUUAAUACCUUAUUUUAUUAAAUUCUGUGAAGUUUCAGUUAUCACAAACUUGCACAAACGACAUGAAAUGUAAUGUUUCAGAUUACAAGGUAAUGCGUAAUGUGUUUGUAAAUUAUUCUUGUCUAAUAUUAACUAGUAGUUUUUCUUUUUUGAUUUGUACAGUCAAAAGCAAGUUGAAAUAACUUCAUUUUAAUACCUGCUGAUGUAGAUUAAUGAUGUAAGUUCUGAUUUAAAGAUUGAUGGGGAAAUGGUGCAUGCAGUGCUUUUGCAAGUGUUGGGAGUUAGAAAUGUUCUGGAAAGAAUAAUUUAACUUCUGGGUGCCAAGAGAAUUGGGUGAAUGAAAGUUCAUUGCCGGCAAUGGACAGACCUAUUAAACCACUGGCACAGAAUAUUAACUCUCUACACUUCAUUAAGGAUGAGGUGAAUAACUUUGAAAUAAAGUUUUAAGAGAAAUUUCAAACAUA